UAAUCCACAACAUGAUCCGGUAGAUCGCUCAAUACCAGUGUGGUGUAGUAAGUUGGUUUGCUACCGAAUCACACAUAUCACAAGGAUGACCUAAAAUAUAAAAAAUAAAUUUCAAAGUUAAAAGUCAAAAAGUAUUAUUAACAAAGACCUGAGGGUAGCCUCGCCACUACGUUGCGGAUGAACGUUUACUUAGUUUCUCUCGACUUCACGAAGCCACCUUCUCUAUUUACACGCGUCACUCUCUCUGCCCAGACGCCUCUUGCCAUGGCCACAGUAAACAAAACAGUUCGUGUCGCAGCUGCUCAGAUGACAUCAGUGAAUGAUCUCAUGGCCAAUUUCGCCACUUGCUCUCGACUCGUUCAAGAGGCAGCAUUGGCUGGUGCGAAGCUGAUUUGCUUCCCUGAGAACUUCUCCUUUGUGGGAGAUAAACAAGGGGAGAGUGUGAAAAUCGCUGAAGCAUUAGAUGGGCCAGUGAUGCAACGGUAUUGCUCUCUAGCCAGGGAUUCUAAUAUAUGGUUGUCUCUAGGAGGCUUUCAAGAGAGAUUUGAUGAUACUCAUUUGUGUAAUACACAUGUUGUUAUCGAUGAUGCUGGAAUGAUCCGGGACACUUAUCAGAAAAUGCAUUUGUUUGAUGUUGAUGUUCCUGGUGGAAGCUCGUACAAGGAAAGCAGCUUUACGGUUCCAGGGACAAAGAUUGUUUCCGUAGACAGCCCUAUUGGGCGCUUAGGCCUUACUGUAUGCUACGAUUUGAGGUUUCCUAAGAUUUAUCAGCAAUUGAGAUUCGAUCACAAGGCUCAGGUUUUACUAGUACCAUCAGCUUUCACCAAGGUCACUGGUGAGGCACACUGGGAGAUUCUUCUUAGAGCCCGAGCAAUUGAAACGCAAUGUUAUGUCAUAGCUGCUGCUCAAGCAGGAAAGCAUAAUGAGAAAAGAGAAAGUUAUGGGGACACACUGAUCAUUGAUCCGUGGGGAACUGUAAUUGGAAGACUACCCGACCGUGUAUCGACUGGCAUUGUCGUGGCAGAUAUAGAUUUUGCACUUAUUGACUCGGUGAGAACAAAUAUGCCUAUUGAUAAGCAACGGGUCUCAAUAGAUCUCUGAUGAACGUGUUGUGAAAUUUGGAGUUGUGAUUUUCUUGGUAGACAGAGUAUCAGUGAUGGGGUCAUCCCAAAAGGGUUUCGAAUGGCGUUGUUCCUCGGUCGUGGUAUUUUACACAAAUUCAACUCAAGGGAGAAGGCCACUCCAUUGCUUCUAAUAAUUGUGGACAAAACAACAGAGGUAUUGUCAUUCAAUACGACGGUCACUACCUUAGUUUGAACAUACCUAGAGUUGUGCCGGAGCCGGAAAGUUUCCGAAACUCCCUUAAAAACAAGCUAGUCCAGAUCUAAUCCCAACCACUAACUGGAGCAUGUAUAGUGUCAUGAAUUUGAACCAACAAAUCCGUACACUUAUCGGCCAUGGCCACCAUCAAUUGUAAUUUAAUGUUUCUUCCAUACGUAACCUUAAAAAGGCUUUAAUGGUUAUAUGUAGAUUAUAAAUAACUAGCGUGAGAGAAACAAGGAAGUAAGGAAAAAAAGAUAAACAUCUUGAUAACA